AUGAAGGUCUUUACACUUUUGGCAGCUGCAGCUGCUUCAAUUGCCACAGUCGUCGGCUACGAAACUGCCGAAAAGCAAUUUGUCGAUAUCCUUAUUGAGUACCAGAUUGUGCAAACCCCUGAGGUCACCAAGAACGAUGUUGCUCAAUGGACAAAUGGAGAUGAAGUCACUUUGAAAUACAACAUUGUCAAUAAUGAAGAGAAAGAAGUCACGGUGAUUGGUGUUACUGGUCAAUUCACUAACCCAGUUACUAAUGAGAUUGUCACCAAUUUGACCCAGGGUCGAGUUGGUCCUCUCUCGAUUCCACCUGGACAAUCUGCUUCUUUCGAACAAAAUAUCGGUAUUGAUGUUAUACCAAACAAUUACGAAUUGAUUCCACAAGUGUUUUUUGCCCACGACGAAUUGAUCAAGGUCAUUCCAUGCCGUGGUCAAUUGGCCACCGUUGCUGAUAAAAGUAUUUCUUUCUUUGAUCCAAGAUUGAUCUUUUUGGAAUUGGUAUUGUUGGCAUCCUUUGCUGGUAUCGCUUACUUGGCAUACCAAAUCUGGGGCAAAAAGUAUAUUCAAGGAACAGCACCAGUCAAAGUUAAAAAGACUACUGCUGUGACUUCGGUUCCAGCAGGUACAGGUGUUUCAACUACCACCACAGGUGCUUCCGGCUACGAUGUCAAUUGGAUCCCUGAAGGACAUUUGAAACAAAAGAAGACAAAGAAAGUCGCAUAA